AUGGCGACCCUUUGCGUAUCUCCAAAAAUGGACCCAGCUCAAGGUGCGCCCUGGGCUGAUCAAGGUUCUGAGAUCCCCAUCAUGACUUCGUCCGGCAAUGCCCCCUACGGAAACACCGCCAACCACCAAGCUCCUAACGCAUACUACAUGGUCCCAGCCAGCGACGUCACCUUUGACAACCAAGUCGUCGUCGAAGGAAGCACCAUCGACUACGGUGUUGGCGAGCGAGUAGGCGGCUAUGCAAGCAAUCCAGGAAACCCUGGCGGCACAUGGGGAAAGUCCCAGAAAGGUAUCGGACAUCCCAUCUACGCGAUGAGCAUGGUCACCACGCUUGCAGUUCCUGAUCUGCACCCGGUAGUGAAGAAGCGAGGCGGGAAGAAGCAUGCGCAGCGUAAUGUGCGCGGUGGGUUCUACGACAAUAGCUACACCAACGGCAAUAAUUCAGUCCGUGGUUCUUCUAGCAACAAGCAGUCCGCGUCUCGAAGUGGUUAUGCCACUCAUACCCCUACGACCUAUCCUGGUUAUCACAACAACAACAACAAUAACCACCAUACAUCCCCCUACAACGCCUUUCCGGGCUACGCCCAAGGUCCAUACGGCAACACCUUCCACCACCACCACCACCACCCAGCCAACCCCCCCCUCGCAUUCGAACACCCAGACAACUUCGCCUUCCUCCGCGCCUCCUACAGAGAGCACACCCGCUCCACAACCCCGAUCCCAAACACCCACACCACAACCUUCCACACAGGCCUCGCAUCCACACCCCCUUACGCACCCACGACCGGUGGUCCCUACGCCACAAUCGGCAACCCCUACGCCCCAUUCGACCGCGAAUACCAUCACCGCACCCCCCUCAACCCAAAAGCAACCGAAUUCCACCCUUCCACCAGCAUAACCACCACACACAGCGACGCAGACAACACCUCCCAAAUGAAUCCUCGUAUUCCUCCCCAAACCACCCCGCACGACCUCGCACGUCUCGCAGCUCCUGAGACGGGCGAUUCGGAUGUACCCGGUCGGGAGCGCAGCGUUUCUGUUCCGUUGGCUGGGCUGGGGUCUCGGACUGCUUCUUCGCCCCCUUCUUCUUCUUCUUCUUCUCCUGAUGAUGAUUCCGCUACUGAUUCCGCUGAUUCCGCUGGUUCCGCCGUCGCCGCCGCCAGAACCACCACCACCACCAUCACCCCCCAGCACCGCCACAGCCUCUCGGCAUCCCUGCUCCCGACCCUGCCACAGCCACAGGGCAGACGGCGCCAAGGCCCACGCAGCCAUCUGGCAAUGAGCAGUUGGGCGGGUAUACUGACCGACAACCACGUGCGUGAGGCGUGA